GCCUCUCGGGCACCGCCUCGUCACCCCGCCUUGGUCAGCUGCUUGUGUGCCGCCCCUGCGCCCGCUUCGCGCAUCCCCCGGGGCCGCUGGCGCGUCGCGGUCAGGUGCCCCCUGCCCCUCCCGGGCGAGUUAGAUAAGUGUGAAACCUGCCAGGCUGCGAGGGGCGUGACCGCCGGGAUGCUCCCAGCGCCAGCCUGGAAGCCUCUGCCUUCCCGAGCCCUGCAAAUCGGGGGCUGGCAUUUUUUUGGGGGGGAGGGGGGCUGCUUUUCCCUCUCACCUCCCCAAACUCUGAACUUCAGCCCCUUCCUCAUAUUAGUGUAGGGUGUGUGGCAUGUCAAUGUCUUCCAAUUAGUGCUACUAAGUGCCUAUACAUUCUUGAAGACACAGCUCUUUUCAAGAAAUGGGGCAUUGACCUAGCAUUUCAAGUGAUACUCUUAGCCGAUUGUUUUCUUAGAAUGCAACUUACAUCCGUUUAAGCGGCUCAAUGAAAUGUUUGUUUUGAAUGGAUAGAAGGUAGCUCGAAUGGAUUUGGUUAUGCACAAAUUAAGCACCUAUGUAAGAACCCAUUUUCCGAAGGGGGGGGAAGUCAAUAAAUCGGAAGUUUCUUUUGGUAUGGAUUAGUGUUAGUACUAGUUCUUAGGAAAACCAAAGCAGCCCAGAUAAAUAAGUUGAAAUAAAUGACCCCAAACUCAAGUCUGUAUUUUCUCCAAAAUGGUGGCAAUAUGCAGCGUUUAUUUCGUAGUUUGAGUUGAGGAAAAAAAAAUCCAGGAAACUUGAAAUGAUGACAAUGAUGGACAACAGAGGCUGAGAUGAAUCAAGUUUUCAAAAUGUUACUUAAACAGGAGAGAAACAAAUGUUAAUCCAAGAAUAUUAAAUACUGAUUUGAACUAAAAUGUGUAUCUUUUCCCUGGUAGAAAUAUCACCCUUUUUUUGAGCAGUUCACACUUUAGGACACAAUGAUUUGGGAUAGGGACUCUUUGCUGAGAGCAUUACAAAAGUAUGACCCUGGCUUAUUUGCAAAAUGUUGUCUACCUUAACCAGGUGAUACUAAAUUGUUUUACAUGGUUUAUCUAUGCUACUUCUCCUGGAAUUUCACAGUUGUGCUUUUUACCUGCUUUUUUUUAGUGCAGGAAUUUAUAGUAGCUUGGGAUCCCAGAUGCUGUUUACAUUCACCUGCAUUACACUAUGGGUAACACCCUAAACUUAAAUUAUUAAACAUUUAGAGCAACAUAAUGCUAUGUGAGACCAUUUAAUUGUGUGCAUGUGUGUAUCUGGAAUUUGUGUGUUACUAUAUAGAGACACACAGACUGAGCAUUUUGUCAUCAGCACAUCAAAUGUUUGCUAUAAAUCCUAAUAGUUAUGGUCGCAUCGUGGAAUGCUAUUUUUCUGAAUUUCCUCCAUAAACUCACAUGAGGCCGUGGUUCCUUCCUGACUUAUAAGCAACCACUCUAAAACAUUUGUUUUGUGUAUGUAUAUAAGUAGAUAUGUUGCUUUGGAAAUUAAGUCUGUUUUGAGAUUGAUGUAAGGGUCUUUGGAUAUGACUGUAUGGCAACCCUUGAAAAACACUUUUUGCACAACUGAAAAAUUUAUUUCUGUAUUAAGAGUUUAUAGGGAAACUUACACAUUUGAAUGUGAGGACAGAAACUGUUAUAUUCAUCCCCCAUUGUACUUUGCUUGUGGUGAUGCUCAAUAAAUGUUUGUUUGAGUAGGACUGAAAAAUAUACACAAUGUUAAUAAUGUAGUUUUUUUGCAUAAAGGGCCUAAAACUUGCAGAGAGUAAAUUGUUGAAUUAACAUCUGGACAAAUUCUGUGGAUUUUUACUAAAAUUAGUAAUCAACUUUGGAUUUAUAGAGAAAUAUUGGUGAGAAUAUAGGAAAUAUAGUGUGGUAGGCAAUGAAGUACAGUAAACUCUUGUGAAGAAUCUGAUCAGCUAAAUAGUGCUGUAUAAUCAAGAAACUUUGCAGAUGUUUAUAAUAAUCACUGAAGCACUACAUUAUAAGUGCUAUCUGAAUCAUUAAAGAUUCAAUUAUGUUCAGUAUAGUUUGUAUUCCAUAUUUUGUUGUAUUCUAAUCCAAAUUUCAAUUUGGUAUAGCAUAUCUAAAUAGGAUAUUCAGUUUAUCAUAUUCAUUAACUUAUUACUGCAGGAGAGUUUAUAUUUAAAACAUGUAUAGCUCAUUCUGAAUUACCUAAUUCACACUGAAAAAUGUUCUGUUUUUCUUUGUUUUUGGCUUAGCAAUCAGAACGCUGAAAGGCUGAUUCUAGUUCUAGCUGUGUAAAUCCCCCCUUAAAUAUUCUAAGUAUUGUAAGCUUGACUGCUAAUAAAAUAGGUUCAUAUUUAGGAUGGGCCCUUCAUGAGCUUAGAAAUCCUCUGUGUCCUUGAAAAGGAGACUUAUACAGCUAAAUGAUGUACAGUAGACGUGAUGAGGAAGCAUUACAGAAAGUAGAAAUCGUCACUGGUUAAGCAUGGCCAUAUGCUCUUCUGGAGAAAUUUGAGUGUUUCUAUUUGGUCAUUUCAUCUAUAUAUCAGCCAUCCUAUUGAGAUAAAGCUUAAGAAUCAAUUUUCUUCACACAGAUAUCCCAAACCUGAGAUUGCUCUUAUGCAGCGAGUGAAGCAGGCGACAUCAACUGAAUCCCCUAAUAGUUUCGGUAUUCCAAGAAGUUCCAGUGAACUGACAAGGACCUCUCCUCACAGUGUCAGAACUGUGGUGAUGAUGAGAGUAAUGCAACUAACAGAUAGUGCUGAAAAGUUGGAGGCCCCAACACCUUCCCAGGGACAGCUGAGAUAUGUAUUCAUCCACAAUGCAUUACCUUUCGUAGGGUUUGGCUUUUUGGAUAAUGCAAUUAUGAUUGUUGCAGGAACCCAAAUAGAGUUGUCUAUUGGAAUUAUUUUGGGGAUUUCAACUAUGGCAGCUGCUGCUUUGGGAAAUCUUAUUUCAGAUUUAGCUGGACUUGGUCUUGCAGGCUAUGUUGAAGCUUUAGCUUCCAGGUUAGGCCUGUCAAUUCCUGAUCUCACACCCAAGCAAGUUGAUAUGUGGCAAACACGUCUUAGUGCGCACUUGGGCAAAGCUGUCGGAGUGGCUGUUGGUUGCAUUUUAGGAAUGUUUCCUUUGUUGUUCUUUAGAGGAGAAGAAGAAGAAAAAAAACUGGAAGAAAAAAAUUAACUGUUUUAGAAUCUUUAUAGAAAGAUGUAAAAUAAUGUACCUCACUUAUUAACUAUGCUGUCACAAUAUUUAGGAAUUAAGACAGUAACUAUGUAUAGAUAUGGGAACAAGCAAUUAAGCAUGUUUUAUUAAAACACUAACUUAUUGUGGCUUGGUGUUCUUAGUACAUCUUUUUAUAAAAAAUGGCUUCGUAAUUUCAUAUAAAUUGUUGAAAUGCCUUUUCAGUAGUGGCAGUGGACAUUUUUAUUUUACAGUUUUAUUUUUCAUAUGUUAUAUAUAACAAGGCUAUUAUUUUAUUCUAAGUCAUUGAUGUACUGUAUAGAUUUGGGAUUUGCUUUUGUUAUCAACUACGUAUACUUGCAUGAAAACAUCCUCUCUUAUUCAUAGCUGUUUGAAAUCAGCUUUGAAGUUUUCCCAUAUACAAACACUAUUGGUCAUUUUGCUAAAGGUUUUUAAUUCCAUCAUUGUUCUUGCCCCUAGUAUCAGUUUUGGCCUGAUUUGAGAUAAUGAAUUUCCAUUCAUGCACAGUACUUCUCUUUCCUCGUUGACUCAUUCAAUCAGUGUGGAAUUGAGCUGUUUGUUUUAAGUGUUGCUGGAUUUUUUUAAAUUUUCUUUGAUCUUUUUGAGUCUUAAGAGCCAGAAGUUAAUGCAUAUCUUCCCACUUACAUAAAAUACCCCAUGUUAUAAAAUGUACUUUCUACUUCAUUUUUUUUCUACUUUUUUUUUUGCCUUAAAACUCCCAAUUUUGAGUAAUUGUGUUCUGUUUUGGGCUCAUAGAAAAGAAAAACUAAUAAUUUUUGGUAUGUUUUAUGGGGAAAAUUAUCACAGAAUUAAACAUGGUGUUCUAUUUUUAUAGUUAAGAGAACAGAAAGGGAGAGAAAAAUGGAAAUUGUAUGUGAGAGUUGAAAAUUAAGGAUACAUGAAUUCUAUAGACAAGAAAAAAAUUAAGAGAAGGAACUGGAAUCUGAGAAGGCUUGUGGUACAAAUAGUGAAGUUGAACAGAACUGGAAAGGUUCUCGUGCUCUGCUGAGGAAGAGGGUUUUUCAAAAAUUUCAUCUUUAUCCAUAAGAUUUCCAUUGCUGAAGUCUCUAUGCUGAUACUUGAGAUGUCAACAUGUAUAUGUAUCUUUUUUAUUGAUGGGCUUGCUUUCUGGAAAAAAAAUAUUUUGUGGGCAAAACUAGCCUUUGUGUUUUUUUUUUAACUGUGUAGUCAAAAUUGAUGAGGAACCUUUUUUUUGCCUUGUUUUUCUGUUAUUUUAUUUUAUCUUUUUUUUGGUGAGGCAAUUGGGGUUAAGUAACUUAUGUCUGAGGUCAUGUUUUUCUGUUAUUCAAAAUAUGUUCUAAAUAGAAGUUGCUCAUUUCUGUUCUUUUAUAUCAUUGGAAUUUAAUCAUGAAUGAGAUUUAAUUUUCUCAAUCUUUAUAGCUUUUCAAAAUAGGGACUAUUAAUUACAUAAUUAUAAAUGGGUGUUAAUUAAGCCAAUUUCCUACCUCAUAUGUUAUGGGGAGAAUUAUCAGGUAGGAAUUUUAUUUUGGCUGUUCAAGGUUGUUAUGCUGCUGCUUUGGCUUUUAAAACUUGUAGAAUGACUGUAAUAUUUACAGCCAUAAUAUGUUAAAGCUUUUUUGCAGUUGGCAUUUGUUUACUUAUAACAGCCCAUUUUAAAAAUGAAGAGCUAAACUGUCACAUGAAAUAAUUAGUUAUAAAUUCUCUCAACCACUUUUACAUAUUCAGUGCCAUCCUUUAAUUACAAGUGAAGAGAGGAAAAGAAGCAGAAGCAGAAACCUAAACAAGUUGCAGAAUGCAAAAAUGGGGAAAUAUAGAGGAAAUAUAAUUUUUAUGAUGCAGAAAUAAUUUGACUCUCAUUUACGUUGUACAGAAUUAUAGGACUUGAGGCCUUUCCAAAAAUUGUGGUUUAUGUUGUUUGCCCAUUCAGGAAUUACCAGGUCAAUGCCAAAUUAUGCUGGACUGUUUGAUAUAUGAGUACUGUGGUGUGUUAUUUUAGAUGAAGACUUAUUUAAAUAAAUGUUUUAAAUACUUUGGACACUGUUGUGUAUAACCAAUCCCACCUAUUUUCAUACAAAUAUUUCAGUGUGGUGCUUGCAUUUUUUUUUAAACUUAUUAUCUCCAAAUACGUACUGUUGUCCAGAAAAAGCUUUGUGGUGUAUUUUUCUCUUCAUAAAUUAAUGCAGUCUUAACAAAAUCUGAUUUUGACAUCAAUUUUUUUCCUAGAAGAGCUUGAAUGCAACAUUCUUGACAUAAUUUAUCAUUUCACAAUGUGAAGUAAAUAAAUUCCUAAUUUGAGACUUAAUUGGAUAAUUCAAAUAAUGAACUAUUGUUAAAGUAAAUUAAACACCCGCACCCUUACCGAAGGUUUUUGUUGCUCAGAAUCAUAAUUCUAAGUAUGGUGCUUUGUACAAAGUAGUUUCUUGGUUUGGCUUCCCAAGAUGAUAUCUUCACAUAAGCUUAUUUCAUUCUUGGGGUCUGUCAUGGUAUUUUCUUACCGUUAAAAAUGGAGCCUUCAUUUCUCAUGCUAAUUAUUUAUUAAUGUUUGAACACUGAAACAAUAAUGGAGCCAAGAACAGUAUUAACUGCUAUAGCAGUAUUCAUUUAAGUCAAAACAUGUCUAUGUAUUAGUUUUUGUUUAACUUGUGGAUGCAUGUAAAUUGAGUGCAUUUUGUUGUUACUGUAUGCUUAACUACAACUGUUUUUUUAAACUGAGAUAAAUUGAACUAAACAUAUUUUAAGAAGUUGAAAAUGUAGUUUUGAUUUUGAAAUUUUAAAUGGACACAGUUAUCUCCAGUUAGUGAAAAUCUUUAGACUUAAAGGAAAUUUAAGAUAAUACAUGCUUAUUGCAGAAAGGUAGCCAUCUCUGUGCAAUCUGUGUUUUUUGUUAUGGCAUAGGUAAUGGAGAAAUAAUCCUACUCUGACUAUUUUGGUCUUUAUUAGCAAAAAAAUCAAGGAUACAAAGGUACUUGAAAAUUAUCAGAAUCCCAACUGAUUUUUAAAAAUUUGCUUAAAUAAAGUACACUCUGCCAGUAA